AUGGUCAACAUUAGCGACAAGCGUUUCACAGCUCGCAACGGAUCCUCGCCACUAGGCCGCAUGCUCUCACUCAUUGACUGUCCAAACUCAUCGCUUCGAUUCUUGAUUCUCGAUUGCCCGACAGAGUCCACACUCGAUUUCUAUAUUGAGCAGUUUGACCGGUUGCAGGUUGCUGCGGUGGUACGAUGCUGUCAGCCUACGUAUAGUGCCAAUCGGUUGAUGGAUCGUAAUAUCCAAGUGAUUGACUUGCCUUUCAAGGAUGGUGGAUUGCCACCAGCCCAGAUUGUGCGUGAAUGGUUGACAUUGAUUGAAAAGACCAAGCAGCAAGAUCCAACACCUACCAUUGCCGUCCAUUGCGUAGCUGGUCUUGGCAGAGCUCCUGUCUUGGUUGCGAUUGCUCUCAUUGAAAUGGGCAUGAAGCCGCUUGAUGCCAUUGAAUAUAUCCGCGAAAAACGCAGGGGCGCUUUCAAUAAGCCGCAGAUUGCUUUUCUUGAUUCUUACAAGCGUGCUCUAAAAUCAGCAAGCACACAUUCAUCAUCAUCCCUCUUUCGUAUCAGUCGCAUGUUCCGUAUCGGCAGCAACAAGUCGACUUCACCUUCUCCUCCUCCACCAAACAACAGCAGCCCUCUUCAAACCUGA